UGCGAAACUUGAACGCGUGUGAAUGUUGUGACUGCGCUGUCCAAACGCGUGUUUUAGUGUAUUUUAACUAAGUUACAUUUAAUAUUGUAAAAGAAACGUAUGUUUAGUGUUUGUAAUGAACUUUAAAAAUGGAAAGCUACAAUAGGGAGAUUUCUGCUGAGCUUUGGAUCGUUCGCGCUUUUCCAAGAUCAUGUCUAGCAUCAUGUCAUGAAUGUAUGAUUUGGAAUUGUUGACAGAUUUAAUAUAAUAUAAUAUAAUCAUGCAUAGUGAAAAUGUCAUGGACUUGUUUAAUCGAGGAACGACAGUCAAAGUUUGUGCUCCUAUGGUCCGCUACUCAAAGUUGGCUUUUAGAUCUUUGGUGAGGAAAUAUGACUGUGAUAUAUGUUUCACCCCCAUGAUCAUUGCGGAAGACUUCAUGCGCUCUGUGAAAGCCAGGGACAGUGAAUUUACCACCAACAAGAAUGAUCGACCCUUAAUUGUUCAGUUUGCAGCCAAGAAUGCACAAACACUGGCAGACGCGGCAUGCGUGGUGUCGCCUUUCUCAGACGGAGUAGAUCUCAACUGUGGCUGCCCACAAAGGUGGGCUGUAUCUGAAGGUUACGGAGCGUGUCUGAUCAACAAACCUGAGCUUGUCAGAGAUAUGGUGCGACAUGUACGAAACCAAAUAGACAAUCCCAACUAUUCAGUGUCGAUUAAAAUAAGAAUACAUCAAGAUCUCAGGAAGACAGUGGAUCUCUGUCAGAAGGUGGAGGCAGCAGGUGUAUCGUGGAUUACGGUCCACGGUCGUACAGCUGACGAGAGACACCAACCCGUUCACUAUGAUGCCAUAAAGACCAUCAAGAGCAGUCUGUCCAUUCCAGUCAUUGCCAACGGUGACAUCAAGAACAUGCAGGACGUGGAGUCCAUCCGUGACCUCACAGGCGUGGAUGGUGUGAUGGCCGCUCGUGGAUUGCUGGGCAAUCCUGCCAUGUUUGCAGGGUUUGAUGAGACUCCGCUUCAGUGUGUUUGGGACUGGAUAAAUAUUGCGUUGGAGCACGGGACCCCGUUCAUCUGUUUCCAUCAUCACCUGAUUUACAUGUUGGAGCGCAUCGCCUCUCAGCCUGAGAGAAGAGUGUUCAAUAAUUUAUCAAGUACUUCUGCUGUCAUUGACUACCUCCACAAUACCUAUGGCUCCUUAUGAUGUUUUUAAUGAAUGUAUAGAUUUUAACCUGAAAUAAAGUCACAGAUCUUUUAAUGCUUUUCUUUAAGGGUGCUGGUAUUUAUUUCCACAUUGUAGAAUAAUCAUAAACUCUUCCAAACUGUGGAAUAACACAAACCUAAUUAUAGUAAUGAUGUUGUGACUAAAACAAAAAAGCAAUACUCUUUAUUUAAUGGUAUAUGAUUUUCA